UUUUGGAUCGAGCCACGCGAUCCAGCUAAGCUGGGGGAAGGAUGGCCAUGGAUCUUGGCUUUGUUGCUGCAGAUGUACUGCGACCUGCACACACUCCUCGUGCCCAACGCCUGGCAGCGAGCGUGCGGAGAGAUGGGGCAAACUUAGUGGGAAACCGUUUCAGUUUUGCCGUCUGUGCCGCUGCUAUAGGUGUUCGAUCACUGAUCCGUGCGCAAAGACCCGCACGCAGGACGCAAACAGCUUUGGCCGUUCGCAGGAAGGACCAGGCAUCAAUUGCCCAUAGCUCAGAGCUCACUGAGGAGGAGGAGAAGGCGCUGAGCCAGGGACUUCCCGUCCAAAGGCAACACGUCUUUGGUAGAGAAGGAACAGGCCUUGUGGUGCUCGAUGUUGAUGCACCCUGGUUUGUCGUUCUGGACCGGCUGAGAUCCUUUCAGGAAUAUCCGCAGAUGAUCCCAGUCAUCAGAGAUGCAGAUAUUCAAUCGAGAGGCUGCGACGCCGAAGGUCAUCAUAAAGUUCAUGCAGACUAUCGAGUCUCCAAGUUCUGGCUGAACAUCUCAGUGAUCCACACGAUUGAUGUUGCGGCAAAGCAGGUCAGCUUUAAGUUGCAUCCCAAUUGCGGCAAGAUGGUUCUGAAGGAAGCCAUUGGCUGCUGGACUGUGACACAGGCCGACGAUCCUGCCAAGAGCCGUGUGACACUAGACGUACAAUUGAAGGCCUCUUCGUUGCUUCCAACCUGGCUUGUCGACUAUGCUGCGAACCGCGCCCUGCGACGAGCCACGUCUUGGCUAAAACCCCAUGUUGAACAUGUGUGGCAAGAGCAGCUGAAGAGAAGCCCAGUGCAUGACGUGGUGCCUGAGAGGCCAUUGCCGUAUUUGCUCGCGUAGGCGCCGGCGCGCUGGACAGCUGAGGCUCAAAGUUUGCAGCGGCGGAAUAACGGUCCAGCUAUUAAUUAGUGGUGGGAGAGGUUAGACAC